GCUCAGCUUCAGCUUCUCAGCUUCAGUGAAACAUCGUCAGGUCAGAUCACUGAGAAGAACAAUGGAAGGCACAUCUCACUGUCUGAUCUUUCUGAUCUUCUUGCUGAGCUGCUCAACAGAUCCAGUCCUCCCAGUUCGUCUGACUGUGAGUCCCAGCAGAUCUCAGUUCUUUCUAUAUGAACCUGUGAUUCUGACCUGUGAGGAUGAAAACAGAUCUGAUGGAUGGACUGUGAGGAGAAACACAAGCAGAGAGAUCAGGAACCGAUGUGGAGAUGGAUUUGGUAACUUAGCUGGUUCUACCUGCAGCAUCAGUUACCUGUAUCCAUCAGAUACUGGUCUGUACUGGUGUGAGUCCAUGUCUGGAUCCUCCAGCAGCAGCAGCAGCAUCCAGCUCUCUGUCUCUGGUGGAUCAGUGAUCCUGCAGAGUCCUGUCCUCCCUGUGAUGGAGGGAGAUGACGUCACUCUGAGCUGCAGAGCAAAGAAUCAAACCCACAACCUCCCAGCUGCUUUCUAUAAAGAUGGCUCCUUCAUUGGUGAUGAAACUACUGGCAACAAGAUUCUCAACUCAGUGAAGAAAUCUGAUGAAGGCCUCUAUAAAUGUAAUGUCAAAGGUCAUGGAGAGUCUCCAUCCAGCAGGAUCUCUGUCAAAGAGAAACCUCCAACCACCUCUCCACCUUCCUCCUCCUCCUCUUCCUCAGAGAAACUCAGCAACAUCUCUGACUCUACAGUCACACCUGGUCCAGGUUCUUCCUCCGUCUCUCUCCCAGUGUUGCUUCCCAGUGCAUCUCUUUGUGUUUUGGUUUUCCUGUUUUUACUGGUUCAACUGGUCGUAUAUUUGUACAGCAAACCUAAGGUGAUGAAGGAGGAAGAGGAGAGGAUGACAUCACUUCCAGAAACAUCAGGAUGUUCCAGAGGAAACAGAAGAAAAGCAAACCAGGAACAGGAAAUGCUCUGAGGCGGCGCUGCUUCACUACUGUUCUGUACGCCACCAUGACAGAAGAAGAAGAAAAACUUUGAUGCUGAAACUCCUGGAGACAGAAAAUGUUGUUGAUGUGAAACUGGAUCCACUGACAACAGGAAGAAAACAUCAGUUCUGUUACUCAGAGAGCUUUCUUUAAUAAACUGGAAACAUUAGAAAGUUGUUCAUUCAGAACAAUCUGAUUUAUGAUUCUUACAAUAAAUUAAUGCAGGAGAAUAAAAUCAACUCCAGAAAAAUGUUCACCUGUC